AUGGCGGCGGUGCCCGACGACGCGAAGGCAAUGGAUCUACGGUCCACCAGCGGCGCUGGGCUGGUCAUGGCGAUGGCCGUCCAAGGUGCUGCUCAGGGAGCUGCGGCGGGCGGCGCCUCGCGGCAGGCGAUAGCCGCCGCGGUCGCUGCCGCGCUCCGCACAACAUGGGCGCUGCUGGCAGAGGUCGGCUCCGAGGAGGACGCCGAGCUGGCGAUGCGCUGGCAGGCCAUGGAGCCCGCCAUGCGCCAGCAGCUGCGGGGCGCCCAGCCAGGCGGCGCCGCUCGCGCCAGGCGCAACGUCGGGGCGCACGUCGACCUCGGCAAGGGCGUCGAGGCCUUGCGGCAGGCCCUGGCGCAGCCGCAGCGGGCCCAGCGCGGAGGGCGCUGCGGGCCCCGCGUGCCGACGCCGCCGGGCCCGGUGGCGGCGGACGCGACGGAGGACUACGCCGACGGCGUCGAGCUGGGGGGCAGCCUGAACAUCGGGGAGCCCGACGUGGACGAGUGCGAGGGCACCGACCAGGUCAUCGGCACCCCCGAGGGCCAGCUGCUGGGCGAGGUUCCGCCCUCCUCGCUUCUCAGCGCGGCGGUUGGCGAGGACUCGGAGCUGGACGUGGACGAGUGCGAGGGCACCGACCAGGUCGUGAACAGCGCCGAGGUGAAGCAUGUUCCUGAGGCGCCGCGGGACGUCGAGCCUGGGGGCGACGGCGGGCGCGACGCGGAGGAGCAGCUGAGGGUCAAAACUGAGGGGGCGUGUGCGGCAGCAGCCGAGGAGGAGGACGAGGGCCUCCCCGACGGCCAAGACCUGCCCGUCGACGGUGUCGACGGCAUCGGCACGGAGUACGGCUGCGCCUUGGAGGGCAAGGAGGGCGAGUGCAUCUUCAGCGACGCCGUGCAGGCUCGCGUGCGGUGCUACUUCUCCUUCGUCCUCAGGGUCGCCUUGCUGCUGGGCGUGGCCUUCUGCCCGUUCGCCAUCUUCGACUGGGGCACGGGCCUCGCGUGCGUCACGCAGCUCGCGGGUCGGCCCUGGCUAGUUUCCGCCCCGUAUGUGAUCGACCUGGGGCCUUUGCCCGACCCGUACCAAGCGGCCCGCCAAGCCUUCCCGAAAGGUGAACGCGAGCUCCAGGACCUGGCAUUGUGGACCCUGGAGGAGGAGCACGUGCUUGAGUUCCUGGUGGAGCGGCGGCGCACGCUGGAGCACGCGCUGGCCGUGGCUAGGCGCGACGGGGUGGCUCGCACCAUCGAGGGCGCCGAGGACGCUGAGGACAUGGGGUGGUCCUUGCGUCGCCUCUCGGAGGACAUUCGCGAGCUUGAGGAGCUGCUGGAGGCGGCGCGGCUGGCGCUGAGGGCCGGGCUGGCGCCCAGCGGCGGCAGGAGGACCAGCCUCGUCCCCGACCCGAGCAUCUCCGGCGCCGGCUUCCGCGCCUGGGUCGGGGAGUUCAGCCAGUCGCCGGCCCUGGUGCAGGCGGCAGCCUCUCGACUGGCGGAGGUGGCCGGCCGAACGCCGUCGCCGCCGCCCCUGCCGCCCAUGAGCCCCCGGCCCCGGAAGGCCUGGAGCGACGGGCCGGUGUCUCCGCCUCGUGCCCCCGUGUCGCCUGCUCCUAAAAACGUCCUUCGGUUACUUAGUCAACCAAUGAGCACCACCUUCUCUCAAUGGUCUUCUACAUUUGUGCUCUCCGAUCAGUCAGGCUAUCAGACAGGAAGACCUUCGCAUGCGAGCACAUCGCCUUCAUGCUUACAUUUGUCGCCCAACCACAUCAUUGUGAAUGAGUUCAACCGGCCAACCAGUGAGGUUUCGUCGCACGGAGACUGGCGCACGAGGUCAACGCUGCUUGGGCCGAGUGCUGCGGGCGCGCGGGACCCCGUGUCGCCGCAGGUGGGGCGCAGCGGCGGGGAUUCCGUCCCCAGCAUGGAGGAGGUGGAGCCGCGGCCGCUGGAGGCGCCGGGCUCCUGCCGCGGCGCUCCGCCGCAGCAGUGCUCGCCGGUGAAGCUCAGUGAGCACUCCGCAUUUGACCUCGAGAUGACAGAUUGGUCGGACGGUGAGCAGGACGCAGAUCUGGACAGCUUCGAGACAGGACGUCUUGCAGGCGAGCUGCUGGUGCCGUGCAGCCAGCGCCACAGAGCAGAGCUGACAGCCCUCGGCGAUGCGACGGUGACGCAGGCCUGGAUGCUGCCACACGAGAGGCCCGAGAAGGACGAGGUGAUUUGGAUCAAGGAGCCGCCUGACGGAGUCUUCAGAGGAAGGGUGUUUGUGGACGGCUCGGCGUCGGACCCUAUGGAGGAGAGCCUGAGGAGGGCUGGCUGGGCGGUCGUGCAGUACUCAGAGGGCGGCCAGGUGAUAGGAGCAGUGUGUGAUACGGUGCCGCUAGCGUGGGCGCCGAUGCAGAAGGCCAGGGACGGCGAGGACUACGCGUUCCACUUCCUGUCAGGCUGUGCCCAUAAGAGCGCGGGAGGCGAGCAGGGGCUGGCCUGCCGAAGGGACUGCAGGUGCGAGUACGCCGAAGGCGUAUGA